AUGUCACAUGGCUGGGGAAUGUAUUUCCACUUGUCUUACCACGCUAGAGGACAACUCAAGGCACUUCUCGAACCUGAUAAGAAGCAUAACCAACAAGAAAUCACAACCAUGUCUUUGCGCAAUCCCGUCGUCCAGCCCAUUAACUUCGAGCCAAUAGUGCAUGAGGAUUUAAGCAAUCCUUUGUAUUCCGCCGACCCAUCCACCUCCUGUAGUUCCGACGGCCGGUCGUCGUUGGGCUAUGACAAAACUCAGGUCGCUCAUCCAGAUAAGGUGGCGGAAACAAAUUCUCUCCAAGCUAGGCCGGAGGGAUCACGCAAAUACUCAAAACGCCCAGAGCGCGCAGAAUACUUGAAAUUCUUAAAAAUGUUCAACCCUCCGGAGGCACGCGAGCGAAGGGCAGUCCGCAAGAAUUUCAUCGAAAACGAGAUCCAAGAUAAAACGGAGAGAGACGGCCUCGUUCAUUACCGUCGGGUCAUGUCAUCUAGUCAAGGGAUAAUCCGGCGUAAGGAAGGCAGCGCCAUGGAGACAGGUACGGAGUGCGAAAGGGAUCAGUAUCGAUUUGAAAUGGAGAACUAUGCGGUAUGGUAG